GGGGCGGCGGCGCCCCCGGAGCCCGAGAGGGCGCGAUCGAGGCUAUAACUCCGCGCACCAGCCCGUCGCAGCGCAGCGCGGUUCUGCACUCAUCGGAGCCCUCAGCUGCUGUGAGCCGCGGAAUUGCCGUGCCUUCCGGCUUGCACUGUCCUGCUGAGUGAAGGCUGCGCUGCCGGGGCCAGCGAGACAGAGGGAAGGCAGACAGGCAGGCAAUCGCGGUGUGCGGGCUGUUAGGAAGAGAGAAUCCAAGUCAGGCGAGCCGGCCAGCGGCUGCCCUCCUGCUCCGCAGAAGUGAGGAGAAGACACCUCGGAGGCAACAUGACGGCGUGGCUGAGCUUCCUCGCCGUGUUCCUCUGCAGCUGGAGCCUGCGGGACUUGGUGACGGAGGCUUGUACUUGCGUCCCCAUCCACCCGCAGGACGCUUUCUGCAACUCCGACAUUGUGAUACGAGCUAAAGUUGUGGGGAAGAAGCUCAUGAAAGAUGGACCAUUUGGAACUAUGAGAUACACAGUCAAGCAGAUGAAGAUGUACAGGGGCUUCCAGAUAAUGCCACAUGUUCAGUACAUCUACACAGAAGCCUCUGAGAGUCUUUGUGGAGUCAAGCUGGAGGUCAACAAGUACCAAUAUCUGAUUACAGGCCGUGUGUAUGAAGGGAAGGUUUACACUGGCCUCUGCAACUGGUAUGAGAAAUGGGACCAGCUGACUCUGUCCCAGCGUAAAGCACUGAAUCAUCGUUAUCAUCUGGGCUGUGGAUGCAAGAUUAGACCCUGCUACUAUGUGCCCUGCUUCGCCACCUCCAAGAAUGAGUGUAUUUGGACAGACAUGAUCUCCAACUUCGGCCACUCAGGAUACCAAGCGAAGCACUAUGCCUGCAUCCAAAGGGCGGAAGGUUAUUGCAUCUGGUAUAGAGGAUGGUCGCAUCCAGACAAAACAAUAAUCAAUGCCACAGACCCCUGAGCACGCUGUCCCUUCCUUAUCUCCCCUCUCCCUUACUUGUGGCUGAUCUUCCUUUGGACACUAACUCUUACCAGAUCAUGAUGAUGACAAUGAAAUUAGUGCCUGUUUUCGUGCAAAUUUUAGCACUUCGAACACUUAAAAAAGAAAAGGAAAAAAAAAAAAAGAAAAAAAGUCUGUGCUACCUUACUGAAUUUGUAAUCACCUUUUCCAUUUUUUGAUACCACUCAUUUUGAUCAGAUGACAUUUGAGAGCUUACUUUUGCACACCAGAGGGAUAAAUGGGAGAAAAAAAAAAAAAAAAAAAAAAGAAAAAAAAGAUGGAGCUCUUGCUCUCUUACACGUAUCAUUAGCUGUAGCAAUAUAACCUCUAUUUUUUUAGGAAAACAAAAAUCUAAAAAGUAUGCCGAUUAGGCACUGUAUUCUAUGCGCUGGCUUCCUGUCACCCCUCCUCAUGCACUAAGUGCUGAAAAUACGUAGACAAAUCAAUUUGAAGGAAAACAGGUUUCAUUAAACAGAUUAGCUAAUGAAACAAACGGAAAAGAAACUCAGCCUAAACUCUGGAAAAAAUGAUUGUCCAAAAGACAUGCUCCUCUCUGGGAGAGAUUGGCAAUGUGAUUGACUGUAGCAGUGGGAGAAUUCACCUGAUGUGUCUGACCACAUCAUCUGGUGAAAGCAUUGUUGACUGAUUGCCCUAGUUAAUUCAGUCAGUGUAAAUGCAACAGCACAUUUAAAGUUCUGGCUUUCCCCAGAACAAAAGAGAGUAUUUUGUGUUUUUGUUGUUGUUUAAAAAACAAAGGCCCCAUCCCCUAUGUUCAGGGAGGUAAAUCCACCUACAGCAGAGCUGAUGAAGUGCUGUGCCAUCCUGUUUUGAGCAGCAUUGGCCCCUGAAAUUUUUGCAGCUUAGCUUCAACAACAGAGAACCAGCUUGUGAACACCUUAAACUAAACAGAUGCAAAAAUUCCAACCGUAAACCAAUCACAUGGAAGAGGGAAAGGGGAGACUUGCUAGAGCUCUUACUGUAAAAAAAAAAAAAAAAAAAAUCUAUUGCCAAAAUAGUGUUUUGCUGAACUAAGAUGUAUAUACAUGUAAUGACAUAAGCUAUUUUUGACAGGACAUGGAAUCUUUUUGUGUGUUGUAAACAAAAAAAAAAAAAAGAAAAAGAAAAAAAAAAAAAAAGAAUGGUUUGAUUGUGUUAAAAGACAGAAAUAUUGACAUUCCAAGUCAGUGAGGAGUUUUUAAGGUAUUGAAGCUCCCAUGUAUCUGCAGUAGUUGCUACAGUCAUUGUUUCCUCUGUACCUCAUUGCGCCACAAUUCCUCCCCUGCAGCUACACUAGCUGCGUUUGUUUAUAUAGUGGAAGGAAGUGUGCGUGUGGGGGCUAGGCGAAGAAAAGUGGUCUCCUAAUAAGUGCUGGCUGGGAUCGUAAAAUUUCAGCUGCCCAGAGGAUUCCUUCUGUGUCAAGUGCUGUGUUUCCCUCUAGGCACAGCUCUGUGCUUGUGCUCACACCGUGUCUGUGUCCUGCAGUGAUGUGGGAGGAGGAGCCUUACUGUCUUGUGCUUUGCUGUUGACUGGAGAAGUUUUUUUUCGUUCUAUUUUGUUUUUUUAUUAAGAAAACUAUAAUAUAAUUUUUCUUAUCAAAUAAAAGUAUUUUAAGUUUUAAUGAUGGUGAAGAAGGGGUGCUGACAAAAUGGGUGACUGAGUUUUGGACGGGGAGGGCUUGGGCAGGGAGAAGAUUAUACUUAACUUUGGUUUUGUAUUAUUAUAAUUAUUUAUCUUAAGUUUCCAUAUAUCUUCAGUUCAUUCCACUUAGAAAGCAGAGCUGCCACCAGCAGGAAGAAGCAUUGCAGUGAUUCCAGCCUGGGGCAAUACAGCGUUUUAUAGUCAGUGACCUCAAUUACUGAAGGGUUGUUUGGGGCCUCUGCCAAAUGUAAAGGAAGGGGUGUCUGAGAUGGGCCCUGAUGUGUUUUUAUGUUCCUUGUGAGCUAUUGGAGCUCUGCCAGACCUACAUCCCCUGAAAUGCCACAUUUACUAGAUCAAUUGUUGCAGCAGAAAGCUUGGAGCUUCAUUUUUAACAUGAGCUUUAAAGGGCAUUUUCAAAGAGUUGAUGUAAAAGGUGUCUAGGUCUGCUGUGUAUCUUUUUUUCAGCUGCUCCGAGUGGCAACGCAGCACAAAAAAAAUAAUCCAACACAACAUUGAAAGUAUGUUGGAUUCUCCUGUGAUUCAGACUUGGAAUGUGUUUGAAAAGUCCUCUUCCCUGUGACAGCUCCUCAAUUACAGGUUGGAGAUGAGAGGGAGAGUAGGGUGCUUCACAGCACCCAUCACAGGAUCGGGUGGUGGGUCGCCCCUUUUGGCAGAGUACGGGGUUGGGCUUUGGGCGCAGCGGAGCGAUCUCUGUUGGAGCCGUGCAACCAGACAGAAUCUCUGCGGGUGCACGUGCAACCGCUGACAGAAUCUCUGCGGGUCACGGAGGGAGGGAGGAGCAGGCCUCGCCACCCCCCGUCUGCAUCACGUGGAGUCAGCAUGGCUGGACAUGGCCCUCCUCAUGCUCAAGGUGACAUCGCAAAGCUGAAGUCUCUUUAACCUAAAGCCACUUUUCAUGGCUUUGGAAGGCUAAAUGAAAACGCCUCUUGAUGCAGUGAAGUGUUGAUUUGAAUUUUCAUGAAACUGUAGCUCUGUAUAUUUUACCUGUCACUGAUUCAUUUAGCUAGCUGAGACAUCACAGUAUUGCACUCAAACUAUCGUGAAAAUAUUUGCAUUCUAAUGCUAUGAGGACUUGUGUCCCUAAGUAGGAUAUAACGUAGCUAUGUGCUUUGUAAACAACAAAACAGCCGCCGUGUUACCACAAAAUGAAGCGUAUUCCCAUUUUAUAUUGCAGACGGUAAAAUAUUUCUGAGAUGCAGACAGCCAGACUGGCAGGGGUGGGGGUUUGGUAGCAAAUCUUACCUCUUGCUGUGUAAAGAAACAGUUGUUAUGGCUUUUAAAAAUGUGGAGCCAAAAGGAGGGGGAAGAAUCCAGUAAAAAUACAUUUCUUUUGGGAGGCUUCUUAAUUUUGUUUCUGUGCGGGCUAUCAGGGACGUGUCUUUCUUGGGCUAAGCUCUAACUUGUUCUUGCAUUAAGAACCUGACUGAUGGCUCCCUUAAGUGGGAGGGAGCCAUUAAAUGGAUUGAAUGGGCUCUAAAUCGGAUUCAAACAUUUCUUCCUUUCUGUCUCCUCUCUUCUGUCCUGCAAAUUCACUUCUGCCUGCCAAUGGACAAAACUCUCAGGCUGUGCAAUGUGUGAGAACACCAGGCAUAGAGAUGUGAGGAGGCAGGCGUGAAGUUCUCCCCAAAAUGUUAGGCUGUGGAGCAUACAAUGGCUUACUGCAGCACAAAUAUCUUCCUGUCACCUCUGACAUGCCCCUUGCUUCACCCCAUAACCUAAGGUUAAAGGGGAACUGUCAAUGACAUGGCUCCUGUGAGCAUGACCUUUGGGCAUGUACAGGAUGAGGGCUUUCCCCAUCAUUUAUUAAAUAUACCAACAUUAUUGAAAGUAUUUUUUAAAAUGCAUAGCUCCUUUCCAGACUGUUGCUGUCUGCCUUUUUUUAAUUGAUAGACAAUUUUCCUUAUUUGCUUGACAGUGUUUUCCCCUUUAGGAUUACAAAAAACAUGAAAAAUGUAUUGAAGGUUUGGGAAAGAUUGGAUUUAAUUUGCCUUUUCCAAAGUGGAGGGUGUUGAGAGCAGGAGAUCUGUGCAUGGAGUACCUUGAAUGAAGUCCUCUGGUGGGAGGCUUCUGCCUCCCCUGUAUGGGAUAAACCUGCCAUUUUGGGUCUAAAUUUCCCAUGUUUUGAAGACUUACGUGGUCCUUUAGCUUAGGACUAUUUUAAAACCUAAAUAUAUCACCAUAUCCCAUUCAUGCUUGGCUGGAGUGAAAUGCUACAUCAGGGUGACGGGAAACAUGCCGGUUUGUUUUUUGCAGUAAGGACUGUUUAAAGUAAAGGCCUCCAUGGGAACAAGUUUCCAUUCUUUCAGAUGUCUCUGAAAGUAUAUAUCACUUACGUCUUUUGUAGCUUAAAGGGCAGAACAAAAUUUAGGGAACAACAAAAUUUAGGGAACUGCAAAAAUUGUGUCUUUUUUUUUAGAAUAAGUAUCUUUUGGGGCUACCAGCCUUGAGAAAAAUCUUAAAAAUCCACUAAACAUUUUUUGCUGCUUGACUGGCUUCUCCUCUCUGACACUGUCCUUCCUUCAUAGAGCCGCUCCGCUGUUCCUGAUAGUCAUGGAAACUUGGGGAAGGAACCAAACCCAUGUGAAAAAUCUUGUCCAGAAGGAAUGUAUUUGUUGCUAAAUUUUCUAGCACUGUUUACAGUUUUCCUCCAUGUUAUUUAUAAAUUUUAUAUUCAGUGAAUGUAUAUUGUCUUUUAAGGUAAUGUUGCAUAAUGUUCACUUUUUAUAGUGUCCUUUUAUUCUAAACAGUAAAGUGGUUUUAUUUCUAUCACAGA